AUGGAAAUUGAAAUAUUGGACGGGGUUCAGGCUUUUAUUUGCCUUGCUGAAACAUCCUCUCCUGAAAAUUGGAUACCUGUCUUCGAUAGAUUGAAAAUGACAACAAUUCAGUGUGACGGGAUAGGCUAUUUCUCUGCAUUUUAUAUCAAGACAUCUAAUGCCUCCGUGGCCCAAUGGAUAAGGCACCGGCCUCCUAAGCCGGGGAUUGCGGGUUCGAGUCCCGCCGGAGUGUACAUUGAAUUAUUGCUCAUCUUCUCUCAGUUAUGUGUUUUCAAGGACUUUGAGAAGGAAAGAAGGGGGAAGACCAGGGCAAACCAAGAGAAGAAGAAGAGUCUUAAGGAGUGGGCAGAAGAUGAGACUGAUCUCAAUCUAUCAACAAGACUGUGGAGAGUGAGGAUUAACUGCUACAGGGGUUAUGCUGUCAGGUUGAUUCUGUUUCCAAGAGCAGGUCAUCAUGAUUCAGUGAGAACCCAAAGAGAUCAACUAGAACCUGAAAAUAAAGGGUAUAAACCGGUGUAUGCUUCAAUUAACAAGGACAAGCCAAAGAAGAAAGAGGAAAGGAAAAUAAAAAUAAGAAAGCUCACCAUUCUUCAGAAGUACCUGGUUCACAUCUUAAGGAGGGAGAUAGAUGCCAAGGAUUUAAAGGAAAAAUCCAUCAUUCACUCUAAAUCCCUUGGGGAACAUUUCACAGAACCGGUCCUACAGGAUCUUGACAAUGUUGAGACGUCUGAUGAUUACAGUAAGCUGGACAUGUCCCUGGUAUUUGCAUUACUAAGAAACUUCUGUGUAAACAUCAAACCACCGACGAGAGGCUGGGAUUAUGAACCUCCAGAGGAUGAAGAAACAGUUGGUGCAGACAUUGAGAGGAUCCGAUCUCUGUGGAAUAAAUACUGUGAUAAUAAUUUUGACUUUAAGAAUUUAGAUGAUGUCUUUAACAGAAUGAAGAAUAAAUACGGAACUUUAGCUGUUCAGAAUGAUCCAGAAUCAAAAUGUAAGGCACAAGAUGAGAUGGAAGGUUUUUCGCAGAUAAAAGAAAAAAUACAGAGUAUUAAGCUGAAUCCAGACUGCUAUGCCGAGAAAGGCAUUGUGGUGACUAAAGGGAUAAAGUCAGCACUUCAGCUUCUUGAAGAUGGGAAUGUCGUAAUCUGUAAAGGAGCCCUAGGUUGUGGUAAAACUCAUACUUUAAAAGCAAUCCAGAAUAAAUAUACAGAGAAAGAAUGGAAAGUAAGAUGGAUGGAGGAAAACUUGCUUCCUCUAGAGGAAAAUAUGGAGGAUAAAACGAUUCUGAUUUGUGACAAUCUUUUUGGAAGUUUUGGUUGUAAUAUAUUUUCCUCAAGUAGAAUAAUAAGUUUUGAAAAUUUACUGGAGAAUAUGCGUGAAAAAUCAAGGAAUACCAAAGUUGCUGUUGGAAUCCACCAACAUGUAUUUGAUGAAAUCAAAAAAAUUCAUAAUCUAAAACUCCUUCAAAAUAAAAACAUUACUGUUGAUUUAGACAAACUAACAAAGUCAGAAUUGCUGCUUAUAUUGAAAGAGCAACAAAAAGAGGGUCAUUGUAAAACAGAUCCAAAUUGUUGGUUUAAAACAGUUGAUACCACCAAUGUUCUGGAUAAACUUAAAGAAAACCAGGGCAAUAUCGGAAGCCCUUUUCUUAGUUUGAUAUACUGCCAUCAUCAUGAUUUAUUUUCUGAUGUAGCUUUCACCAAAGCCCCUCUUCAGACAUUGACACAACGAUUUCAGAAAAUGAAAAGUGAUUCAGCGAUGGACUAUUACAUCCUUGUUUACUUGAUGUGUGUUAGAAAACACGAAUAUGGAAAUGAAUUGCCCGAAUGGAUAGGUUCAAUUAAUGCAUUUUUAACCAAAGAGUCUCUGCAGAAAACUGCUACAAACUUGCCUGGGUUCGUACGAGUUGAAAAUGGUAGUGUAACACUUCGUCAUGAAGUUCUGAAUAUAGCUUUACUCAAAGCUACUGCAUAUGCUGAUACAGAUUUCUUGCCAGUUGUCCAGAAAUGUGAUCUAGAAAUCUUACUACAACUGAUGAGACCUGCUGAGAGCGGCAAUACUGAAUUCAGCUGUUGUUUUGCUUAUCCUGAGCCAGAUAACACUAAAUACAGAAACAUCGGCAAGUUCUUAGUGAAAAGAUUUGCUGAUGCAUUCAAAACAAACUGGGAAAAUAUGGAGCACCCACUGAAAAAACAUGAUUUUUUUGUUAAAAAAUACAAGCGUUAUUUAUCAAGUAAUCCCAAACAAAAAUGAAAACUGUUAAUGAAGACUCAAUAUGGGUAAUAAAAACAUAGAAAGAGAGAAAACAAGUUCACUAAAACAUAUUUAAUGAACAUUGGAAUGUUAACAUCUUAUUUAGGUUUAUUUUAAUUAUGUCUGAUUAAUUGUCUAAAUGAAAAUUAAAUUUUUUUUUUUUUUAUUUGUUUUUAAGAUACUAUUUGGACAUAUGUUUAAACAUGUUAAUUAAGAAAUAAGAUAUCAUUUUUAGAGUAUCAUUAGGAUAUGACAUGAAAUCGGUCACGUGAUCAAAUUCUAUAACGCCCGAAGGCCGUUAUAGUAGAUUUGAUCACGUACCGACUUCAUGUCAUAUCCCAUUGACACUCUAAAAAUGAUAUUUUAUUUCUUACAUUUAUAUUUUUAUUUCUAUUCUCAUUACAAAGACAAAAUGCUCUAAUUAGACUUUGUUAUUGGAUGCAACAUAACGUAUAAAUACGACGUCAUAUGACGUCACAAUCAAGACUUUCCAAAUGUCUCGUGCAGUUUGCUUUCCAUACGCAAGAAAGUCUGAUCAUGUGACCGACUGCAUGUCAUUAAAAAUUGAAUUUCAUUUUUUAGUAUUGUCAUAUAAGGAAAGACAUUGGCAGUUGUAAAUAUAUACUCUUUAAUCUUAAUGCUUAAUAAAACUCGAUUUCGAUCUUGAAGUGAAUGGCCAAAUGUGAUAGUGUAUUUAAUUUUCUUCAUUCAGUUUUCUUAAAAUGACAAAAUACUUGAAAAUCCAAGAGGGCUUUCUUUUUUCAUGGUACUUACUGCAACAAAAUUUGCAAAGAUCAUGUAAAAAUUUUGCAUAUGUCAUUUUCCCGUUUGUGUGUAGCUUUACAGUAAAUGCAUUGUCGUCAAGAGGACCUUAAUGUGUAGUAUGCUUGUGCAUUUCUAUACUAUUGUAAUAAAACGGUUUUAUUUCAGUGCAAUGUAAUAGAUAUACUAUAAAACACUUUUUAUCCGGGGAAAA